CAAAUCCCCAAAUCGAGUAUUAGGGUUUUCGCCAGCUCCUCAAUCCGGCGAGCCCAGCUCAACUCCGUCGUCGAGUCCUUGUCGUCUCUGUUGCCUCUCAAGCCGUUCUCCUCUCUCUCGGAAGAUGGAUUUGCCUAACUUCGCUAUGGCUCGCUUGGGUGAUUCUCAACUCCGUAUAGUCAUUCAUUGGGAUUUUGAGAACGUUUGCAUUCCUCGAGGUUUUCGAGCCGCACAACUCUUCAGAAUUGUGGAGAAUCGGCUGAGACAACUGGGUUAUGAGGGUGAGAUCGAGUUCAGAGCAUUUUGGGGCACUAAAGGGCCCAGCCUUGAGAAGCAUCGAAGGGAGCUUGAGGGUUUAGGAGUAAAGUUCUAUCAAGCACCUGAGGCGGUACAAGAUGCAGCAGAUCAUUUAAUGCUCGAGCUAAUUGAUAAAUAUGGACCUAAGCUGUUGAAGGAUCUUUUGACACAGUAUGGAGAGGUGGAUGCGGUGGUACAGGAAUAUGUUCAUAUAUUCAUAGCUGGAGAUCACAUUUACGCUAAUGUUGCUCAGCUGAUGCUUGGUAUGGGAACUACCGUAUUGCUAAUAUACCCGAGAUUGGCUUGCGCUAACGAACUCCGGGAAGUGUUUCCACUUUCAGCCAGGAUGACUUGGUUAUCGUUUCUCGGCAGGCAAGAAAGGCGUUAAGAGUCUUUUUGUGUGUGUUUUACAUGUCGGAUGUGAACAUUAGGAGUAGUAUAAAUAGGUGCAGCGGAAGGAACAUAUUCAGAGCCUGAGGAACAUAAACUUUUCUUACAAAUAUUGUUCUUCCUGGUUCUCAUCUUUUUUAAGUAAUACAAAGUGAUCUGUUUCCUGAUCCUAUCAGCUCUAUACAGUAGCCUUUUAGCUUUCUUUUCUGUUCAC